GUACUUUUCCGGAAGUGACGUAUGUCGUCUUCCGUUGCUGUCAAGGGCAUCGAAAAACUAACGUUAGCCAAGCCGAGCAGUAGCUGUCCACACGUGCAUUUACAGAAGAUCGAUACAGCUGCAGCUUCGGUAGCGACUCCGGUGGAAAUGGACGGGUUCGGGUCAGAAUUCCCCGCGGGUGGUUCGGGUGGGAAAGUGGACACCGGGACGAUCAUGGAGCAGGUCAAGGUCCAGAUCGCGGUGGCUAACGCUCAGGAGCUGCUGCAGAGAAUGACAGACAAAUGCUUCAAGAAGUGCAUAGGUAAACCGGGUAGCACCCUGGACAACUCUGAGCAGAAAUGUAUUGCCAUGUGUAUGGACCGGUAUAUGGACGCCUGGAACACUGUGUCUCGAACAUACAACUCCAGAUUACAGAGGGAAAGAGCUCGUAUGUGAAAAUCCCUCUCUUCAGCCUCCCUUUCCCUUCUGUUGCCUACGGUGAGGAGGAGUACAGUGUUUCCACUGGAGGCCAGGCGCUGUGCACAGGUGUGUCGUGGCAGCAGCAGCAGCAGCAGCACACCAUCGUCAUCCCAAUACUUCCCAGACAAGACCGACAGCAAGGCAGGCAAGCAGAGCCUGUGGACUCUAGUCAUAACAAAAGUCUCUGCGGAUAUUUUCUUUUUACUCUGUGAAACAGUUAAGAAACAAAGUUUGAUUAUCUCUGUUUUUAUGUUAUGAAUAAUAAAUCUUCUGGUUAACAAGUAAACAUGCAUUGUAAAAAGCUGCAAUUUACACCUGCAUGUUUAAAGACGUAUAGGUCAUGAAACUCCAAACGCCUGUUGGAAGGAACACACGGGUGGAUAAGUACUUGCUAGCCCAGACAUUUGGAGUAAUUAUCGCAGUAUCCAUUUACUUAGUGUGGCUUCGAUAGCGACACUGAAACCUCUCUGCCUUUUACAUUAAGGUUGAAUGUUUGUCACCACAAUUGCUCCUAUAAAAUACUAUCGGCAUAUUGCCAAUUCUUUUCAUUGUGCAUAUGCCAUGAAUACUAAUCUGCACAAGCGGAGCCCUGGAGGGACAACACAGGCUUUACUUAACAUGCGUUUACACUAAAAGACCUACUUAGAAUCAAAGGGAUGACUUGAGGACCAACUUGGUGUUUUCAUAACUGUGAACCAAACAGUCCAAUAUCAAAGUAUGCCUGGAAAAUAAAACUGUUUUGUCUGGUCUGUU